AUGAAGAUUGAAACAAUACCUUCAAUGGCGGGUGAUGUUAUGCCUCCUAUGGUAGCAAAUUUAAUAGCAAGAAUUAAAAAUGCUGGAGACACUGAUAAAUUUGUACAAGAGCUAGACAGAGCCCGAUCAUUUCAAACAGUUUUAGCAAAAACUGAGUUGUAUAGAUGGGCGGAAGUUCUCAAUAGAUGUGAUGAGUUGUUGGAAGAAGCAUCAACUUCAGUAGAUUUUUCUAUGGCAGUUGACACAAGUGAGGAAAUUAAAUUUCGGACCAUUGCUAUUUUACGUUUUACGUCACUGUUGUUUGAAUGUUCAUCAACAAGAAGGGUUUAUUCUAGUACAGAGCGCUUGAUAACAUUGUUAGAUUGUACAGAUCUUGACGUAGUUGCAGAAGUAUUGAGGCUUUUGCAAACGAUUAGCAAAAGAUCAAAAUAUUUAAAUCAGCGUCUAAGUCCUCUUGACAGAAAUAAGCUUGUUCAAGUUCUAACAGCUAUUGCUCAGAGCUGGGGAGGAAAGUUACGUUCGAUUAAAAUGACUGAUUGUAUUUCGAAAGAAGUUAAAGUCCCUUCUCUUUUCCCUCUAGCUUGUGCCGAUAACAAAGAAUUAUUCUGUUGUACCAAUAAUACUACUAAGUUGCACGAAGAUUCACCACUACUAGGCAUAGUCAACGAUUUGUGUGAUGGAAUGAGUUCAGAUCAUAAAUAUUUCGCAUUGGCUCGGCUAAGGGUGUUGAAAAAUUUUCACAACCCUGAUCAUCGCAUGAAAUGUCUAAUUGUUCGACUAUUAUCCAUUUCUACAUUAAUACAUUGUCGUUGUCAAUCAGAUGAGUCUCAAUUCAGUGCCAUACUGUAUACGGGUUUUAUUGAGGAAACAGUUGCCCUUCUCCGUAUUAACCUGGAAGAGCAUCCUCUUGUUGAUACAAUACAAGCUGAGGCACUCAGAACUUUGAUCAGUAUUGUGUCUUUAGAUAAACAACCAAUGCAUCGUUACAGGUUGAAUCAAAUACUCGAAUGUUUGGGAGCCAGUUCCUAUCAUGGCUUUCUCGCUGUUUUUACUCGAACAAUUGUUGAAUACCUCCAGACCAAUCAGUUGGGUAAACCAGGAAAACCUUCGGUUGCUUUAGGAACUUCUCUCUUCUCGUUUAUUUAUCAUUUGAGCAGCGCCGAUACGGGAGGUGAAAAUCUUGUUGCCUGUGGACUAACACAAACUCUAUUAACCGUAUUAGAGUAUAAAGAUUUAUGUUUGGAGCACAUAUCAUUUGCUACUCGUUGUGCGCGAAUAAUUGAUAUAUUCACGACAAUUGACGUAACAAUGUUCAACUCUUGCAAAGGAAUGAAUAUAUUCGUAGAACGUUUUGUGCAUGAAAUUGAUCAAUGCCGUAAAGAUCAGCCGUUCACAAUAGAUGUCACUGGAGAUGUGGAUGAUGAAACGGAGAAGACCACCUUCGUCAAAACACCGGUGGUUGAGAAAAGAUGCCAUCAGCAGAGAUCAGGACUUAUAAAGGGGCUUUUAACUUUCUUGAAAAGAGCAAUUCAAGAGCCAACUUUGCAAGACAGCGUCAGACAUAUCAUGGAAGGAGGAUUACCCGAUGCCCUUAUGCACAUCAUCAGUAAUGCAGAAUACUAUUCUGAAUCUAUAUAUCAUCAUGCGCUUCAGAUGGUUACUUUCUUCAUUUAUCAGGAGCCAUCUCAGUUAGGAUUUUUGCAAUCGAAACAUUUGCCAUAUGUUAUUCUACAGAGUAUUUUGCGAAAAGAGCUACCUGGUUCCCGCGAUGUGAUCAGUAACCUAGGAAACGUAUUCACUGCUCUCUGUUUAAACGAAGUUGGACUUCGCCAGUUCAAAUCAUACAGACCUUUCGAUCAUGUCUUUAAGAUAGUGCUCAGCAUUAAGUUUAUUGCUACUAUGAAGAAAAAGAGAAGUGAAAUGAAUGACGCUGCGCAGGGUAUUGGGCAAGCUUUGGAGGACCUAUUGAGACAUCAACCAACUUUGAAGCCUUUAAUGGUCGAAUCUGUUUUUGAUGUUCUUGAUCUCUUGCUAAAGCUAGGAACCACUCCCCCGUCCAACACUAAGAUUGUAAUGGCUUUAUCCAAGUCGGCAAGUAAAGCUGUUGGCCAAAGCAUCAGUUCGUCUGUUAUUGUCUCAAAUUCUGCUAGCAGUCAGCAGGAUUAUGAAAACAAUAUAACUUUCUCUCCCCGUGAUGAAGAUAUGUCUGAUGAAGAUGAGGAUGCGGAGUUGAGCAUGGAUGAAAUGAGUGCAGACCGUCAACCUGUCAUAGAUAAUAUGGGUUUGGAAAUGGAUAUACCUUCAGAGAACAAUGAUGGAACGAGAAUACUACCUCUCGGAGAUUAUUUGAUUAUUUUCUCUAAGAUUUUGGAGACUAUUAUCGGACACUCGGUUUCUAACGAUAUUAUGACUUCAUUCGUGGCUAAAGGAGGAGUCAAUAAGUUGAUUAUGCUGACUCUCUUACCAUCCUUGUCACCCGAUAUAGUUCCCACUUAUUUUGGACAUAGUAUUGCCGUUGUUAUACAGCAAUUACUGCAAUAUGGAGAAUCCGGCCAAAUACUCAUGGAAUCUUUCCUCAAUCUGUUCGUUGCUCGCGUUCCCUUCGCUCACCCAAUUCAGCCAAGUAAAGCAGCAUCUUUGCUCUUGAACGAAUCAAAGCAGGUGGUUGUUGAUUCUAUGUGUUUCAUCAACAAUUGCAUUCCCUUGCUAUCUCAAAUUUGUAAGACAACUUUAGGAGGAGGACAAUUCUCUAACGAUCGUAGAAACAAAAUGCACGAAGCUUUCUUAACGGAUCCUGGAAAAAAUCUGCUCAUAAAAAUCAGGAAAGUUUCUCGGAUUUUGGCAUGGGAAAGUGGGCUGAUUAAAACACUCGAGCCGGCAAAACAAGUUGUUAGCACUCAGACAGAUGCUAAUGAUCUAGCGAUAGAUGAUAAAAAUGAAGCUACACCUAUUCCUGAUUCUACUGAUGUAGGCAGCGUUUCGUGCGACACGAGCGACCAGCUUUCUCCUGAAUGUGAGAAGUUCGGUAUUACUGCUGAGGAAGUUACCUAUUGGAGGAGUAAUAAAAGCAUUGGAGAUACGAUCGUCAAAGCCAACAAGAAUGUCUCUGAGUUUUUGAAUCUACUGUGCCGAUCUUGUUAUAUACCUACUAGAAGACACCGUCGUUAUGAGUACAGUUUGACGCCAAUGCCCAAAUUUGCUUCACAACUUGCUGAUCAACUAUUUUCGGGUGCUUAUAGGGAAAUGAAAUGGGAGCCUGUUUCGAGCGUUGUAUCUCCAAUGAGUUUUGUUGUUCUACACGAAUCAUUACUGCAGUUGAACGGUGUACUUUUUGAUGACAGAAAGUAUCCUUAUCAUGCCAUGAUUGAGAGAUUCUAUUCCUCGGGCUGUCAUCAAGCUUUCUGCGAUAUGCUCAUAGAUAAACUUGCCCCUGCUCUUGACAAUCAUAAAUCACCUGCAUUCGAUGAAGCAAUAUUGGAAUGGUUCAGAUUAGCGGAAAAGUUAGCUUGUAGACAAAAGAUGUUACAAACAAACUAUCGCUUCCAUUCUAACCAAGGCUUACCAUUCGAUGCUGAAAAAUACUGCAAACUUGUUCAUAAUGAUUUCUUCCGCUGCUUGUCUGUUUUGUUCAGUUACUUAUCAAAAGAUACUGUUGACCUUCGGGAGUACCAAGCAUUAUGUGAAUCUGCUAUAUCAGUUUAUCGAGAAGUUGCCCAGAGUCUUGUUCCCAAUGAAGAACCGGAAGUUACCACAGGAGCAAACCGCACUAGGUUAGAUGAACAUGCAAAAGCUUUGAAUGAUAUGGGCUUUGAUCGUGACUUAGUCAACGAGGCUUUAUUAAUAUGUUCUAACCCAGCUGAUGCUACAGAAUGGCUCAUUAGACAUCAACAACAAGCUAAUGAAGGAAGACCUAAACCUCAACAGAAAGAAGACGAGGAGGAAGAUUUCGCAGCACCAAUAAUAACACCUUUGAGGGAGCUUAAUAUCAACAAAGAUGUGUCUGUAUCACAAGCAUGUAUUGAACUGAUGCCGUUGUGCAAGAAGUUGAUGGAAGUUGGGUCUGACCUGGUUUUCUCUUGUGCUGAUUUAGUAACUGGAGUCAUAGAAUCACUUGACGGUACUUGGAAGGAGAAUAUCUUGAUCCGACAGAUCAUGGGGGAAGAGAUUGUCUCUAUGACUAAAGCUGCUUCUCCACUGUUCCAAGAAAAAGAAAUUUGUGUUCUUUCUACUCGAAUUCACUUUGUUUGCCUCUUAUUCGAACACCUAGCCGAGGACUAUGUCGAGGCUUUGAAAACCAUGAAUUUAGUUCCGAACAUGCUAUACCUACUCAAUGAAGUUUAUAUUAACUUUGAUAAACCGCAGAUGCCAAACUUGUUGCUUCCACCACUAGUUCUCUGGCUUGACCUGUAUGAAAAGUGCUCACGAACGUUGAAACGACGAAAGCUACUGGAGAAAAUAGUUCCUAGCAAACAGCUGAAAUGGUCAUAUAUCACAGAUGAAGAGAGCAGAUACUCAACCUUAAGAAGUAAGCGCUGGGUACCUUUCUGCGCGAAUUACCAACAAAUUCUGAACAAAGAGUUCUUCAGAGGAAGAUCACAGGCCAUCUUGAAAAAGAAAGAUAAAGAAAUCGUGAUUGAUUUCACAUCUAUGAAACAGAAAGAAUCUGACAAUGUCAAAUCUAAAAUCAACAUGGAGCUCCCAGAAGGCACUGAAUUUACUCUGGAGGAAGUUUUGGAAGUUGAGAGUGAAUCUAUAUGGACUCCAUCAGAAUUAUCUGACUUGAUGGUACAACUAAUCCGUCUUCUCCACAAAGGAAACAUACAUCAUACAGCUGUUCAUUCUAUAUUAUCAUUUACUGCCCGGUUAACUAGAGAUGAAGCUUGUGGUGCUCAUUUCUUACAGAGUGGAGGAGUUGGAGCCAUGCUCCAGUUACGCAGCUCAAGUUCUCCUUUCACAGUUGCGUUAGUGUCUAUUAUACUGCGCCAAUGUAUUGAUAAUGAUGAUAUUUGUAAAGGAGUAUAUGAAAAAGUGGUUCGCCAAAUCAUCAGUUCUCAUAACUCGAACGUAUCCUCUCAAUACGACACUAAAUAUUGGCAUGAUACGAUGCGAAGAAUGUUGCCCCUCGCUGUUAGAAAACCUGCUGUGUUUGUCAGUACAAUGAACAAAUGUGUCAAACUUACCCCAAUAAACAAUGGACUCGGUAUGCAGUUCAUCUCUAAGAGCUACAAAGCCAGUACGGAUACUAAUUCUUCUAUGAAUCAUAUCGUGGCUUUAUUGCUGAAAGAAAUUUAUCAAGGGGAAUGGGAGAACGCUGAGAAACAAAGCUUGGGACGAAUGUUAUCUCGAGGAACUCUGCUAUCGCUACUUGCUGAGCUGGCUAAAACUUACAACGGUAUUGCGAACACUGUUGCAGAGACCAGAGAAAAUGGCCACAGUAUGCUAUAUUUACUGUUGGAACGUUACGUUGAUGGUCAUGAUAAGGAAACAAUGAAAUCCUUGAGAUACCUUUUAUGCGUGAUUGCAACAGGGAACCAUUCUCCCAAAGCUCAAGAGUCCGCUAUCUCUGAUUUGAAAUCAGUGUUGGUAAACGUGUCGAGCAACACUUCCAGUACAGAGGACAUUUGCACCAAAGUUGAGGAGCUAUGUAACAUAGUAAUUGAUAUGAGUGAUACUUGCCCCAGUUCCCAUCAAGCUGCUAAAAAUUCUCAUUCCUAUCAAAUUAUAAAACUAUUCCACAAGAAGAAAAUUUGUAACGAUCUGGUAAAGACCAUCACAUAUCUGCAAUUGGUACAGAAGGAAUCCAUUGACACUAUCAACCAUGUUCUCCGAACAUUGGAAUCUCUUAUGAAAAUUUUGAACACUCAUCAUAAUGCUACGACAAAUAACUCUAGCAGUAGAAACUUGACGAGGAUGGAUAUUCUUCGUCCUGGUGUGAUUGAAUUGGUUCAACACGGUGAAGAUGACGUUGAUAUGAUGAGGGAUCAAGUAACAAUUAGAUCUAUUGAACAACAAGGAAUUGGCUUCAGAGAAGCUUUAGAGAGACUUCCAGCGGAAGAUAAUGACGAUGGAGCAGCAAAUGUUUCUCAAAUGGAUGAUGUCGAUGUGGAAGGAGAUUCGGAAGGAUCUGUUUUGGGCGAAAUCGUAGUUGAUGAUGAUAACGCAAGAAGAGAAGAAGAAGAGGAAGAAGAAGAAGAUGAUGAAGACCAAGAAAUGCGCGAUGUUGAAGAUGAUGAAGAGGAUGAUGAUGAAGAUGACGACGAUGAUGACGAUGAAGAAGAAUCUGAUGAAGAUGACGAUGGUCCUCAAGAUACUGAACAAAACAUAACUAUGCCCAUUCAACCUGAUCUAACAGCUGAAGAAGAGGAGACAGAAGAAGGCGAAGAAGAAGAAGAAGAGGAUGAUGAUCAAGAUGAGUUCGAACUGGACGAUGAACCUUCAUUUGAGCAUAACAGAGAUGUUGAAGCUAUUUAUGAUGACCUGGAUCGUCCUGUAAUAAUGGGUAUCGAUGAUUGGAAUUUAUUCCCUCCGAUUAACAUUAACAGACUAAGAGAACCGCGAAGUCGGGCUGUUACUGGUGAACAGCAUCAUCCUUUGCUCGUAAGACCACCACCAGCAUCUGAUGCAGCGCCCUCGUUCAAUGCGUCAAAUAUCUCUGGCAGCAUGCGCGAAUUCCGUUCCAUUCUAAGCGGACAUCAAUUAGUACUUACUCGUCAAAAUGCUAUCCGCAGACUUGGACAAGCUAGUCGAAAUCUCCAACAAGCUCUGCAUCCAAACGCUCCAAUCCUUGAGAGAAUUUUCAGUCUACCACCAUCUAGAGAACGACCCGCUCUCCUGAGUUUUAUGGGAUUUGAGGAUCCUCGGCCUAGAGCGAUGAGUGUGAUCAGAACUGCUCUGGAAAGACUAACGGAAGCUGUAGACUUACUGGAACCUAACUCUUCAAGAUAUAUAGGUUUACUGGUCUUCGAGCUAGCAGCAAAGGAGACUAGAAAGAAAUAUGAUGAGGAGCGUAAGACUGAUUCUAAAGACAAGUCAAGUGCUGAAAACAAAAAUGAUGGCGUCUCCACAGAAGCUCAGGAGGAAGUUGUGGUAGUAGCUCCUCCCCAAUCUGAAGAGGCAAGGCCAGCCUGGGAUGAAAAUGCUGAGAGCCAAGAUACAGCUAGUACACAGCCUAGUUCAAGCGAACCUAUGGAAGCUAUAAGUUCGAAUGCUCAAGAUGGAGAUUCUUCCCAAGCAGAUGAUGUUCCAUUACCUUCUUCUGCUGCCACUGUUGCCUCCUCCUUGGAAGGCGAGGGUGAAGGAGAAGUUGGAGAAGGAGAUCAAGAUGAAGAUGAGGAUGUGGAUGGAGACGUUGAAGAUGGAAUCCAGAGAUUCCUUAUGCCUUUGAAUAUAGAUGGCAAUGCCGAAUACCCUGUUCCAGAUGAGUCGUCAAAUCUCAUUGAAGCAAAUCCGAGCGGAAAUGAGCCUGUUCCACAAGAACCAAGUAACGUACCUGAAGAGUUGCGUGAUGUUUUGGGAGAUAUAGUUCUACCCGAAGGUGUAGAUCCACAUUUCUUGGCCGCUUUACCCGAAGAACUGCGAGGAGAAGUUAUUAGAGAUCACGAGCGACAGAGACGAGCGCAAAGAGCAACCGAAGCUCCUCGUCCAGAAGAAGGUGAACGACCUCUGGUAGACCCUAUCGAUCAAGAUUUUCUUGCUGCAUUACCUCCAGAGCUUCAAGAGGAAAUUUUACAACAGCAUGAGAGAGCUGUUCGAGAAGCUGAAGACGCUGUAAGGCGAGCAAAUGCUCCGCCUGUUGAGCCUGAGAUGGAUGGAGCUGCUGUUAUCGCCUCUCUUCCUACUUCAGAACGAGUACAAGUCUUAGCUGAUAUGGAUGAGACUGAACUUCAACGUUUGCCUCAAGCUAUGCAAGAUGAAGCUAGGCGAGCUAGGAGCCAAAUACAAAGCCUUUUCGAGCCGCGUAAUGUCAUGCGCAUUCAUAACCUUUAUGUCGGCGGUCCACUGAAUUCACGUAGACAACCGAUUUUCCGGAGAAACCCAGCGUAUCCACCUGCUGGUAUAGGAAACUUCGCAGGAAAAACCACUACUGCUCGCGCAGAAGCUGUACAGUUGCUCGAUCGAGAAGCUAUUCUAACGAUAUGUGGAUUGUUCCUAGUCGACAACAGACUGAAUGUUGGAAGACUACAAAAGGUUAUCCGAAUGGUGUGUUCUCAUGUAGCUAGCUGUGAUUUCGUUAUUUGGUGCCUUCAAGCUAUACUUGACAAAGCUUCUGAUGCGAUCACAGAUGACGAAGAGUUUACGUCUGUGUGCCCUUCUUGGUUAGAGUCAAUAACUGUGCCGGGAAUAGGCCAUAAUGAACGAUCUGUUAAGAUAAGCAAAGAUGCUAAAAAAGUCAGCAUUCAUCCACUCAUAUCAGACCAAGUUUGUCGGAACGUUCUCGAUUCACUUAUCCAGCUGGCUAAGUUGUUCCCCGGAAAUUUCCUCCCUGCUUCCUUGAGACAGCAAAAUCCUGAAAGCAAAGACUUAUCGAAAUAUGAUCAGUUUUGGGCAAUGAUUCAAAAUCCACAAGUCAAGCUCUUGAGCAUCAAGGAGGGAUCUGAGUUCGAUGCAUUGAAGAAUAGUCGUUUAUCUCAGUUGACAAGUCAUUUCAAGAAGAAAUCUUUCCAACGUGUCAGUGGGCUUCAAGACAAACUCUUGAAACUUUUGAGUUCCGUUAUUCAAACUUUACCAAAUGACACUAUGAAAUCGCUCAAUUUGGAAUCUACGGGUACAGCCUUUGAAGAAGAACUAGGCACAAUUAUUGAAAUUCUGACUCAAGGUGUCUGUAGUGCUGAAGGAUUUAGCGAUGGAAGGGCUCUACUAACCGAAGCCAUGAGGGCUUUGUCACCUACGACAUCUGAUUUCAUCUAUGACAAACUAGUGUCUGCCAUUGAUAAUGUUGGAAUGCAGUUGAAACCACAAAUAAGCCUUCUCCUGACUCAAUUGGAAGAUAUCGAUUUAGACGAUUCAUUAGAAACUGGAACCUCCCAGUCCGAGAAGGGUAAGGUUAAAUCUCUGAGGCUUCAAGGAGAAAGUGUUGUUGUUGAUGCGGAUACAACUGGAAGAUUGAUGGUUGCCGCUAGUGUGUGCAAAGAGCUAAGACUGCCUUCUGUGAUGGCUUUAACAGAUAAAUCUGGAGCUCAAUAUCGUCUUUUGAGUUCUUUGCAAACUCUAACAAAAAUACGUGAUGCUAUGCGCACUUUGAAGGAAGAGAGAAGAAAGAAGCGCGAGGAAGAAAUACAGUUACUGAAGAAAAAGAAGUUAGAAGAAGAGAAGAAGAAGGAAAAAGAAGAAGGCCAAGCGGAAGAAGAACCUACUGAGAAAACAGGAGAAGGUCUAUCAUUACCCAAAGAAGCUCAAGAUGAAACGAAAGAACUCGUGGAUGAUCCUAUGGAAAAACUCCGAAGCCUAGAAUGUCUAGAUGCCAGGCUCAGCCAACGGUUGGAUGGUUUAGAAGAUCUCUGGAGCUUAGUCUCGGAUUGUCUAAUAAGGCUUGGGAAAGCUUCGGAUCCACAUGCUGUUCUCGCGCUUCAACCAGCUGCGGAAGCCUUUUUCUUGGUUCAUGCCGCAUACAAAAACGCCAAUAAUGAACACAAUCAUGAAAAUCCCGAUACAGAAAAAAUGAUCGAGUUUGCCGAGAAACAUCGCGAUGUUUUGAAUCAGGUGUUGAGGCAAAACAGCACAAGCUUAUCGUCUGGAGGGCCUUUUGCUAUUCUCACUUCUUUCCCCAAAUUAUUAGAUUUCGAUGUGAAAAGAAAGUAUUUCCGGAAAGAACUAACGAAAGCAGAUGGGGACAGAGAAUACCGACGAAGUGAUAUCAAUGUCCCAGUUAGAAGAUCGCAGCUGUUUUCGGAUUCUUUCCGUGAGUUGUUCCGGCUCCGUCCUGCUGAUUGGAAGAAACGGUUCUACAUUGUUUUCCAAGGAGAGGAAGGUCAAGAUGCUGGUGGACUUUUGAGAGAAUGGUUUUCUGUGAUAACUAGAGAAAUUUUCAAUCCUAAUUAUGCUUUAUUCAUCACUGCUCCUGGUGACAUGGUGACGUAUAUGAUUAACAAAGCUUCCUACAUCAACCCUGAACAUCUUGAUUACUUUAAGUUCGUUGGACGAUUGAUUGCCAAAGCAAUUUAUGACAACAAGUUACUGGAUUGCUACUUCACGAGAGCCUUCUAUAAACAUAUUCUGAAUCUACCUGUUAGGUACCAGGAUAUUGAAAGCGAGGAUCCUGCUUUCUUCAACUCCUUAGAAUUUUUAUUAAAAAAUCCUAUUAAUGAUCUUGCCCUCGAUCUCACUUUCAGCUUAGAAGUCGAAGAAUUCGGUGUUCGCUCGAUACGCGAUUUAAAGCCCGAUGGAAGCCAAAUAGAAGUAAACGAUGAGAACAAAGUUGAAUAUGUUAAUCUAGUUUGUCAAAUGAAAAUGACAGGUUCAAUCCGCAAACAGCUUGACGCGUUUUUGACCGGUUUUUACGAAAUAAUACCAAAAGACCUUAUUAGUAUGUUCAACGAACAAGAAUUGGAGCUUCUAAUUAGUGGAUUGCCUGAUAUUGAUAUCGACGAUUUGGCCAAUAAUACUGAAUAUCGAAGUUAUUCUAAGACAUGUCCACAGAUUCAAUGGUUCUGGAGAGCAUUAAGAUCAUUCGAACCUGAAGACCGAGCUAAAUUCCUGCAAUUUGUUACGGGUACUAGCAAGGUUCCACUGCAAGGAUUCGGUUCAUUAGAAGGUAUGAGUGGUGUUCAGAAAUUCAGCAUCCAUCUGGAUAGCCGAGGUGGUGAUCGGUUACCAGCAGCACAUACAUGUUUCAAUCAAUUAGACUUACCGCAAUACGAUUCGUAUGAGAAGUUAAGAGAGUUUCUCCUCUUAGCUAUUCGAGAAUGUACGGAAGGAUUUGGAUUUGCCUAA